AUGUCCCAAGAGUGGAGAGGGCUAGUUCAUACAUUCGUUCCUUCUCUACCAUCUUGCUCCAGCAUGAAAAUCUUUCAAGUCUUUCUGUAUGCCGUUUUCUGGGCAGCCCUCGGAAAAGCCUCCGACAACGCAGUGCUUUUCGAAGUGAUAUACUACUAUUAUGCGUAUCAAAUCGAGGCAGGCGCGUUUGCGGAUGCCGAUAGAUUCAUUGCACCUGAAUGCCAUCCUGCAACUGGCACGAUUUGCACCUUUAACGAGUUUCUUAAAGCUAUCACUUCGAAAGAUUACCCACCCAAGCUAAUAGAGGCUGGAGACACGACCUCACCCGCCAUUGAAGACGCAGAUACAACAUUCUCUGCCAUGAAGUGGGAUAACGAAUAUGAAGUCGAGGACUUGUGGAGAGAUGGCGCGAGAUUGAACCACAUGGCUGUGACGGUGAGGGUGACCAACCGUAUUCAAGAGGCGCGCGAGGUUCAAACUGUCGAUUCGAACCUCUUAUCCAAGGCAAAGGAAGCUCUCGAGGUUAUCCAGGAAAAGCGCUGGGAGGAAAACUUUGAGAAGGUAGCCCCCGCCUUCCAAAACAAAUACAAGGGUGUUACUCUGUAUGAGACGGAGACUACGGUGGAUGAUACUAAGGUCAAAGUCAUUGACUGGGUCAAGACAGCUGCUGUCCAGGCAUCGAAAAGUUCUUCCAAGUCUAAGGUUCUGCUCAAGCGGUAUCAGGACUGGGUAAAGAGUAAUAAAGGUUACGAUUAUCGCUACCACCAAAACAUUGCGCGGAACAUAGCCGGCUUUCGUAAUGUUCUGGACGCAGAGCCAAGCUGUCGCGCUGAAAUUGGCAACUAUGCUAGAACCACUCCCUGA